UAUUUUUAUCAAGGUUUCUAAAAGUAUAUGGGUCAGUAAUUUAUAAAUGAACAAAGCGGGAAGUUCAGACGACUUACGCUGAAAUUACAUGGCGGUUUAAAUUUUGGAAAAAAAUAUUCACAUUUUGUUGAAAGUAAUCCUUUUAUAUCUUCCGCAUCAAGCUUGAAAAUGAAGCUUGUUAGGUUUCUGAUGAAGUUAAGUCAUGAGACAGUUACUGUUGAGUUAAAGAAUGGAACAGUUGCACAUGGAACUAUUACUGGUGUUGACAUGAGUAUGAAUACUCAUUUAAAAGCUGUUAAAAUGACAUUAAAAGGGAAGGAUCCAGUUCAGCUAGAAACUUUAAGCAUACGUGGAAAUAACAUUCGUUACUUCAUACUACCUGAAAGUUUACCUUUAGAUACAUUGCUUGUUGACGAUGAACCUAAAUCUAAAGCAAGAGGAGAUAAAGGUCUUCGUGGGCGUGGUCGAGGCGGACCUCGUGGACGUGGAAGGGGAAGAGGUCGUGGUGGUCCUAGAGGUGGAGGUGGUGGUGGUGGUGGACCUGGAAGACGUUAAUUAUUGAUUUAAGAAAUGACUCAAAUAACUAUAGAAAUAUACUUAUUCUUAGAAAUAAGACUAACUCCAGUGCAACAUGUAUAAAGCGUAUAUAACGUUUAUAAACUUUCAUGUAACAGCCGUUACGAAACUCAAAAGAAUAAACUUUAAAAUUGUCUGAAAGAAAUAUUAGAACAAUUGA